AAAUGAGUGGUUUCAAUUGUGUUUUGCUGAAAGGAAAGCCUAUGAAUCUAUCACUGCUGCGAAGCGACCAACUCGUUUCACAGUAAGAGAAAAGAAACUGUAUUAUUAACAGAGGCAGCGAUUGGGCACUGUGCCAAAGGGGUGUGCUCAACACUUAAAAAUUUAACUCGUUCUUCCCACGCAGAUAGUUAUAAAUAGUGCAAUUUCAUCCAUUGGCACGACCGCUGCUGAGGUUACUGUUGUGACAUGGCAACGCCGAAUGAACAAACAGCUAACUUGUCCUGGUUUUCAAGGGACCCCACUCGCCUUUUGCACCUGAUUGUAACAUUUUCCUUGGCAUAUAUUCUGUUUACUGUUAUCAGGCUAUUCCGCAGGAGAAGAUGGACUAUGGACUCAUUUGCAAAAUUCCCAGGUCCCCAGUUGCAUUGGUUGUAUGGAAAUGUACAUGAGUAUCCUGAAGAUGAACGUGCCUUAAAUAAUUUAUAUAAGUAUUCCAAAGAAUAUCCAUGUGCUUGCCCCUUCUGGACUGGGCCCUUUAAUGCAUUCCUGCUUCUUACUCAUCCUGCUUAUGCCAAAACCAUCUUGAGUAGCACAGAGCCGAAAGACGACGUGGCCUAUAAGUUUAUUAUUCCUUGGAUUGGAGAUGGCUUAUUGGUCUUAUCAGGGCAGAAGUGGUUCCGUCAUCGAAGACUUUUGACCCCUGGAUUUCACUAUGAAAUUCUCAAACCAUAUGUUAAGCUCGUUGCAGAUUCAACCAAUGUCAUGCUGGACAAACUGGAGCGCCUUAUGCAGAAGGGUUCAUCUGUGGAUAUUUAUCAGCACGUCAGCUUAAUGUCUCUAGACAGCAUCAUGAAGUGUGCAUUCAGUUACAACAGCAACUGCCAAGUUGACAGGCUAAUGAAGCCAAACUGCACUACCUGCAGAUAUAAAAGUUUUGGUGUUUUUAGUGACCUUAUCGGUUUUGCUUAA